CCCACGUAGCCACGGAGACCAACGGCUGUCGGAGGGCAGAAUGUCCCGUAACAGUAGUGGUGAAGAUAAGGAGGCGCGAAGGCCGCUUCUCAGCGGAAAUCAGCUGGACCCAACCGAGCUGGACUCUGAUGAAGGUGAGGUGAUUUUCGACAGAAGGUCAUCAGCCAUCUCAGAUGAAUCUGGAGGGAGCGCAACAAAAAGACUCACUUAUGAGGAGGCGGUCGAAGAAGCAGGUUUUGGUCUGUUCCACUGGCUCCUGCUGGCCGUGUGCGGCUGGGCCAACGCCAGCGACGCCGUGGAGAUCCUCUGCGUGUCGUUUCUUCUGCCGACGGCGCGCUGCGAUCUGCAGCUGAGCUCCUCGGACAUGGGCCUGCUCACCGCCAGCAUUUUCCUCGGAAUGAUGGUUGGCGGCUACAUGUGGGGAUACCUGGCUGACCAGAGGGGCCGCCGUAAGGUGUUGGUGGUGUCGCUGACCGUAAAUGGACUCUUCGGAGGGCUGGCCAGCGUGGCUCCGUGGUUCUGGCUCUUCCUGCUGCUGCGGUUCAUCAGUGGCAUCGGGGUGGGUGGAUCGAUCCCUGUCAUCUUUUCCUACUUCUCAGAGUUCAUGCCCCGGCUGAGGAGAGGGGCCAUGAUCAGCGCUCUGGCCACCUUCUGGAUGGCAGGAAACAUCCUGGCUGCAGGUCUGGCCUGGCUAGUGAUUCCCAGAACCUGGGCCCGUUUCUCUCUGGGAAAGUUAGACUUCCAGAGCUGGAGGCUGUUUGUGGUGCUGUGCUCGGUUCCCAGCACCUCCUCCGCCGUCCUCUUCAAGCUGCUCAUGCCCGAGAGCCCAAAGUUUCUCAUGGAGGCGGGUCGGGCAGAAGAGGCGAUCCGUGUCUUCAGGCUGAUGUUUGAGAUGAACAUGAAGGGAACAGAAAAGGCUUUUCCGGAAUUUGCUUUGCGUACAAACUCCAAGCCAGGAGGGGAAAUCAGAGAGAUUGGAUCUGGCGAUCUAAAGAGAAAACAUCUCAUGAGUGUUUUAAAAGAGGGCUUGCUUCCCAUUAAACAGAUGUUCAGCGGCUCUGUCAAAGCCCGCAGUAUCGUUCUGCUCAUCAUCUUCUACUGCAUCUCAUUUGGGUACUAUGGGCUGUGGAUGUGGUUCCCAGAGCUUUUCGCUCGAGUUGAGAGCAGCGGCGGCUCACCCUGCGCCAACGUCUCUGUGCCAUCUGCGCUCAACAACCAAAGCUGUUACCCGGUCAAGACAGCAGUCUACAUGGAGGGCUUCAUCAUUGCCGCGUCAAACCUGCCAGGCAACAUCUUCACCAUCCUCAUCAUGGACAGCACCGGCGGAAAGACUCUGCUCUCCUGCAGCCUGAUCGUGUCCAGUCUGAGCGUCUUCCUCAUCUACGUGGUCCAGACCAAAGCUCAGAGUCUGGGUCUGUCCUGCAUCUUCAGCGGGGUCUCUGUGAUCGCCUGGAACGCUCUGGACGUGGUGGGAACCGAGCUCUACCCGACCCAGCUACGAUCCUCGGCCCUGGGUUUUUUCACCGGAGUGGGCCGAGUGGCGGCCAUCAUGGGGAAUGUGGUCUUCGGGAAGCUGGUGGACUCCAGCUGCACCGUUCCCAUCCUGCUGGUGUCGGCUCUGCUGCUGGUGGGAGGCCUGGUGGCUCUUCUGCUCCCACAAACCAGGCAGACAGAGCUCACCUGAUCGCCGACUUUGGUUUUUAGAAACUCAAAGUUCUUAAAGUUCUCCAGACCCAAACGAAUCUGGUGUGUCUGUUGCCUUCAGACAAUUAUCUGUGCCUUUUAAAUUCGGGCUCAUUUGCCAAAAAGCAAGAGAAACUAUGUGACAUGUGGUGGGUUCCUGAGAGUAGAGAGCCACCAAUCAGAGUUCUGCUGCUGAUAUAAAUAGACUUAUGCUGGCGUACUCAUCUGACAGUCUUUACUGUUGUUAUUUUGUGAACCAGAAUAGUUUGGUGCCUUACAUUUCCAACUCCAGAAUGUUCCAGAACAGAUAGAGGUUGAAAGCUCAACAGGAUGGUAAUGUUGGUGUUCUCCACUCAGCCUUCCUGUUAUCUUAAACAGAUUCCUACUUUAUUUGAAUUUGUUUUACUGGUGCUGAAAAUAGCUUUUAGUCUUUUUCACAUGGGAACAACGUCCACACCACAGAGAGCUGCUGUUACUGUUAGCUGAUCGGAAAUAAAAAUCUGAUUUUUGAGCUGCCAACUGGUUGGUUUCCAGUCGGUGACCCAAUGAAGCUGAAAUUUGUGCAUAAUUUUAUAUACAAAUACCAGAUUUUGAAGAUGAUUCACGGAUUACAUAUAUGUUUGUUUAUAUGAGUUUACGUGUCGUUUUUGUGUUUUUAGGGGAAUAUUCCACAUUGAUGUUUUACUACAGCAUUCUUUCAAUGUAACAUGGAGCAUGAAGGUUACAUGUUACACAAGCUGGUUGUUAUUAAAUGUCAGAGCCUUGCUAAUUUACAAGAUGCCUCUUAUUAAUUUUCAGUGAAGUAACCAAAACGAUCCUGUUGCUGUUAGAUUUUUAAAGUGCUCUUUUAUAAAUCUAUGUAUAUGUAUUUAUGUCUAUGCAGUUGAAUUCACUAAGUGUCUUUUGUUGAACAAAAUCGAAUGAACAGAAAUACACUAAAUAUAAAUGAUCUUUGAGUUAACGUCAAGCAGUUUGAUCUGAUAAUACAAUAUCAGAUCCAUUAUUCAUCUCCAAAAUUGCUCAUUUUUUGAAACUUAUUUGUAAAUAAUUUAAUUAGAGAUGAUUGAAAUACUGAUUUAAUUGAUAAACAUUUUGUUCGACUUAUUAAACCAGAUGUGCUGGAAGAAGUCAGUCUCAACAACAGUUGCCGCUGUGAGGCAGCGUUUCUUUCAGCUUUCAAUGUUCUCCAAUGACAAUCACUUCCAAAAAUAAAGGUACGCUGACUGAAA